AUGGUCAGUGAAAAUUGGUUACACGAAAAGUUGAUCAGACUAGAGAGAGCCACUUAUGAAGGAGCAACAACAAGAGUGAAGUCAGUAUAUGGAGAAGCGGACAAGUCUGAAGUAAAGUUGGGCUACACCAAGGAUCAACCAUUAGACCCCUGCUUGGUCAUCAUUGUCAUCGACGUGUUGAGCAAAGAGCACCGUAAGAGACCUCUGUGGGAUGACCUUGUCAUCGCUGAUGACCUUGUCUUAACAGCUAAAAUCGAGCAGGAGUUACAAACACAAGUUAAAGUGUGGCAGAAAAGUUUGGAAAGAAGAGGCUUAAAAAUGAAUGCCAGAAAAACGGUAGUCAUGAUGAGUGAAGGAGGUGAGAAGAAGAAGGUUAAGAUCACAGAUGUAAACGGGAAGUCGCUGAAACAAGUAAAAUACCUUAGGUACUUGGGAAGUACAAUCCAAAGUGAAGGAGAAAGUGAGAAAGUUAUGAGAGACAGAAUUAAAGUGGGUUGGAGGAAAUGGAAAGAAGUAGCCAUAGUCAUCUGUGACAAAAGGUUACCACGAGCACUGAAAGACAAAGUUUAUAUGAUCCUCUAA